AAUCAUGGAUCAACAAGACGGCCACGUCGUGGACAUCGAACUCGGAUGCGCCGUCUCCGGCGAACCCACUCGCUGCUGCGCGGUAUGCACAGAACCGCUGGCAUGGGUGGCGGUCGAUAGCUGCGGCCACGGCGUGGUGUGUCCUAGAUGCAUGGUCCGCGUGCGGUUCGUCGAGGGCGACCGAUGCUGCAGCGCAUGCGGAGCGAACUCUCCGUCGGUCAUCGUCGCCAAAGCGGAUGACAGCACGAGCGGCGGCGCUCCGGCCGUCCCCGCCUUGUCGCAGCAGCCCGCCUCGAAGGAGGGCAAGGUGGGCGAGUACUGGUACCAAGGGGACACGGCGGCCUACUUCCACGACGAGCAGCAGGACGAGGAGGCAAGGGACGCGAAAACACGGCGGGAGGAUCUUGUAGACAAUCUGUUCACUUGUGCAGUUCUUGCCGGUGCCGGCGUUUUGGCAAUUGUGGUGAUGCACCCUUGA